GACUCUCCCAAUUUUUAUAUAUUAUAAUAUUUAAAACUUGUAUGUAUUUAGCACAAAUAUUUUAACACUUCAAAAAAAUGUUCUGAAAAUCUAAUCUACCACUGCCUUUGAUAUUAUGAUAAUGUCCCACCAAAAUGGUGUUGAUAUAUAUGAAAGAAGGAAACAUGAAUUUAAUUUUUUGAAUUUUAUUAUUAGAAAUUGAAGGAUAUUUGAAAUAGGUGACGGUUUGUAUUAGAUGUUUUAUUAUUUAUUAUUUGUGUCGCUGGUGGUGAGUUAAAGAAAAUGUUACUGUAGUGUAGAAAAGUAAAAGAGGAAGAUAAUCCUAAUAAAGGAAAGACAUGCCAUGAAAUGUGAAACACAAUGCCACAUGCCUUGUCUUGAGCAUCCAUUCUUUGUACUUCUCUUUCCUGACUAAAAAAGCUGAAAGCAACCAACACCCUGUCCUUAUUAUAUCUCCUUUCUUUCCUUUCUUUCUCAAGCUUAAAAUACCCGCAAAAGGCCCCAUUUUUGGAAAAUGCUUUUUCAAUUUCUUAAAUUAUUUACUUUUACCUCUUAAACAGACCACAUCAUCCAUACCCUUUUUGGCUUUCAUUCUUCAUCUUCUUCUUCUUUUUCUUCUCAUUCUUCUUCUUCUUCUUCUUCUUCUUCAACUUUCAACACAUUAUCCACAGUUUCACCUUCUUAAGUGCCUAACAAGGUAUGCUUGUGGGGUUCCUACUCUUAUAGAUUCCUCCUUCUUUCUGUCCUUUUCAGUGUUAUUAUUUGAAGAAACUAAAGGAGAGAAGGGGAAAAAAUUUCCUUAAUUUAACUCUGCAGUGGAGGUUUUGGAGGUGAGGGGAAGAAGCAAGUAUCCUUCAGCUACUCACUUCUCUCUCUUUUUUUGGUUUUCCUUUUUAACAUCUUUUUGGUUCAUUUAUAUGAUGUAUGUAGGUAAGUUUGUGAAUUGUAACUCCGAUUUGGUUGGAAGUGUUUGAAGUUGCUAGUGUUGUUAGUCAUUAUUACGUGUUUUCACCAUUCUCUGGUGGUGCAGGUUUCUUCUCUCUCUGCUUUUUGCUAAAUACGGACAAACAGAUGUCCAAUAUAGUUGGAUAUAAGGAGCCUAUUUUAUGGUUGUCUUUUUUUUUUAAUUUUUUAAUAAAGUUCCUCUGUAUCAGUUGCCACUUUAAAAAUCUUGUUGAAUAGAAUUUGGGUUGUUGCACAUUAAUCAGCUAGAGAUACAUACACUUUGAUGGAGUUUGGUUCACCUUCUUUUUUUAUGAGGGUCUGCUCCAAUUAACAUAUCUCCCUGCCUAAUCUUCUCUUACUUUUCAAUUUCCAUGCAAUUGAAAGCAUCUUGGUGUGUGGUAUACAGAAAGGGGAGCAAAGAAAGAGAAGAAGGGCUGAAAAAGUGGUAUGGACUGGAAUCUGAAAGCACCUUCUUGGGAUUUGAGUGAAGUGGAUCAGGGAAACUUACCCAACAUGGAAACAGUGGAAGGUUCAAGCAGAUAUGGAAUGUUUAGAAGUAAGGGGGAAUUUUCAGUUGACUUGAAGCUUGGUCAGGUGGGAAAUUCUGGCACAGAAUCAGUGUUGACCAAAUCCAAAGAUGCUGUUGGACUCUCCAAAAUCUCAUCUUCAUCUUCAUCUUCUGCCUCAUCUAAGAGACCUCGUGCCCUUGCCAACGCCACACACACAGUCUCGUGCCUUGUCGAUGGCUGCCACUCUGAUCUCACCAACUGCAGAGACUAUCACAGGCGCCAUAAGGUCUGCGAAGUUCAUUCCAAAACUGCACAAGUCACAAUCGGAGGCCAGAAACAAAGGUUCUGCCAGCAGUGUAGCAGGUUCCAUUCACUGGAGGAAUUUGAUGAGGGGAAAAGGAGCUGCAGGAAGCGGUUAGAUGGGCACAACCGACGGAGAAGAAAGCCCCAACCAGAACCUCUUACACGGUCUGGUAGUUUUUUGUCGAAUUACCAAGGUACCCAGUUGCUACCUUUCUCAAGUUCACACGUAUACCCAUCGACUACUGUGAUGAAUCCCACGUGGGGUGGAAUUGUUGCGUCUGGUGAAGUUAGGAUUCAUGGACACAACCAACAGCACCAUAACCAGGGUGAGCUUUUUCUUGGGACAACUUCUCCAACCGGUUAUAAAGAAGGGAAACAAUUGGCCUUCAUGCAAGGUGACCACUCUCUGAACAACCAAAGCCCACAUCUCGCGGGUGGUUCCGUGAGCCAGGCCCAGAUGUUUCUGCGGACCGGCCCGUGUUCUGAAAGCAGUGGGCUGAGGUGUAAAAUGUUGUGCGAUAGCCUAACAAGCUCGGUCCACGACUCCUCUCGUGCUCUCUCUCUUCUGUCAUCACCACAGCCGCACAGUCCUGGAAAUGGGUUGAGCCGAAUGGUGAACCCGCAUUCGCCCCUUAUGCAGCCAUUGGGCCUCAGCCUGCAUGAUGGUAACAGCUUGGGGCCCGUGGACCCGGUUUUGGGCCUUAAUGGGAGUGACCAUUCUUCGUCGAUGUAUAACAUAGGUUCUAAUGGAUCGCAGGGGAACGAAGCCCAUCCGCUGUUUCCCUUUCAAUGGGGAUAGAAUCGAAUGGACCACUCUUUUAUUUGAAGGAUUCUUUCUCUCGCACUAUUUAAAUUCUGAAUUUAUCUUUCAUGAAGCCAUGAACUACCUAUUGUCACGUUAUCAAAAUUAUGGUCUCAAUUUUUUUCA